UAGAGGGAGUAAGAGUAGCCGUUCUGAAUCAGCUGAUCUCCGAUUCCGUCCACUCCUUCAAACUUCAACAGUGCAACCGAAAACCCCAAACCUGGCAACAAUGCACAGCACGAUGUUUCGGACCCUCCGUACAACACCAACAUCAACCUCCGACCUGAGCUCGCUCCGACCUUUAGGUUCUUCUUUCCACAGCCGAAACAAGCAUAGAAUCGUCACAGCUAUUCCUUGUGUUGGUUUCUCACGGUCACGCUUGUCUAUUAGCUGUUCGGUUCGUUUCCGUCCUUGCAUUGAUAUACACAAGGGGAAAGUGAAACAAAUUGUUGGGUCAACCAUUCAGGAUUUGAAGGAGGAUGGGUCAGCUCCUGUUACCAAUUUCGAAUCAGAUAAGUCAGCGGCUGAGUUUGCCAAUUUGUAUAAAGAAGAUGGACUUACGGGUGGUCAUGUCAUCAUGAUUGGAGCAGAUCCUUUGAGUAACAGUGCAGCCAUUGAAGCAUUGCACGCUUAUCCUGGCGGUUUGCAAAUUGGGGGCGGAAUCAAUUCUGACAAUUCGUUGAGUUACAUAGAGGAAGGAGCUAGCCAUGUCAUUGUCACAUCAUAUGUAUUCAAGAAUGGACAAAUGGACCUUGAAAGGCUUAAAGAUCUUGUUCGUGUUGUUGGAAAGCAGAGGCUUGUGUUGGACCUUAGUUGCAGAAAGAAGGAAGGUAAAUAUGCAAUUGUAACUGAUAGAUGGCAGAAGUUCACCGAUGUAUAUCUUGACGGAAAAAUAUUGGAUUUUCUUGCCAAAUAUGCGGAUGAGUUUCUUGUCCAUGGUGUUGAUGUUGAAGGGAAAAAGCUGGGAAUUGAUGAGGAGCUUGUGGCAUUGCUUGGGAAGCAUUCACCGAUUCCUGUAACUUAUGCUGGUGGUGUGACGGUGAUGGCUGAUUUAGAGAGAAUAAAGGUGGCUGGGAUGGGACGUGUGGAUGUUACCGUGGGCAGUGCUUUGGAUAUUUUUGGGGGCAAUAUGGCAUACAUGGAUGUAGUUGCUUGGCAUUCUCAGCAGGAGGCUUUUACAGUUUAGUGCCUCCUAUUGUGUUGUUUGUGUUUUUUAGUUCCAUGUCAGCUUUCGCAUCUCAUAUGCAAUUUAAGCAAAGAGAAUUAACUUAUCAAAUACUAAAAAUUUGAAGGAGAUUCUCAACCUUCUGGACUUGUAGAAUUGAUGUUGGGACUUGAAGAGAUGUUGGCAACCGGAAAUUUAGAAGAUUAAUGAGAAAAGAGAGGAAAAACUAGAAAAACUAUUGAAAUAAAUUAAGAAUUGAUUUGUCACUUGCUAA